AGUAAGUUGCCAAACAUGGAUCCUAUACUUUUGGGUGCUAUUUUCAUAACUCCUAUAGCAGCUAUUAUAAUAAUAGGUUUAAUAUGGUACCAAAAAUGGAACUAUACUUUCAAGGAUUUACAGCACAUCAAAGGACCAACACCAUUGCCUAUUGUCGGAAACAUGAGCGAGUUAGGAGAUCCAACCAAAAUAUUUUGGCAAUUGUUUAAUUGGCAAAUUCAGUACGGAAAUAUAGUUAAAGGAUGUUAUGGUAUGGACAUGUUACUUCUUAUAAGCGAACCCGAGUAUUUAGAGUUUAUAUGCACCAGCCAAUCAACUCUUCCUAAGGGCAUCUUCUAUCGUUAUUUACAUAAAUGGUUGUCAUUUGGUUUAUUGACCAGCAAAGGCAAAAAAUGGCACCAACGUAGAAAGAUGAUCACACCUGCGUACCACUUCAAAAUCUUAGAACAAUUUGUUGAGGUAUUCGAAAAAAAUGGUAAUAUUUUGGUUGAAAAGUUACGCGGUGAAGUAGGCAACCCUUCUUUCGACGUCAAUAUUUACCUUACACUCUGUGCAUUAGAUUCAAUUAAUGAAACGGCGAUGGGUACCUCAGUUGACGCCCAAAACAACUCAAAUACUGACUACAUUCGAGCAAUCAAAGAAAUGAAUCGUAUUGUGGUAGAUCGCACAAUCCAACCACAUAAACAUUUUGAUUUUCUGUAUCAAUUUACUAACGAUUACAAAAUUGAACAGAAAUGCCUUAAAAUUCUGCACAGUUACACGUUAUCAAUAAUUGAAUCACGUCGUCAGGAACUUCUCAAUAAUCCAUCUAGAUUUGAUUCAAAAUAUGUUGAUGAAUUUGGCAUGAAAAAACGCAUUGCUUUCCUCGAUUUGCUACUUCAAUCAACCAUUGAUGGAAAACCACUAAGCAAUGAAGAUAUUCGAGAAGAAGUUGACACUUUUAUGUUUGAGGGGCAUGACACAGUCAGUACUUGCAUGUCAUUCUGGAUGUACUUAAUCAGUAAACAUCCAGAAGUGGAAGCAAAACUUCUCGCAGAACAAAGAGAAAUAUUUGGCGAUGAUCCAAAGCGACCUACAACCUAUUUAGACUUGCAAAAAAUGCACUAUAUGGAAAUGACUGUCAAAGAGACAUUAAGAUUAUAUCCAUCUGUUCCAUUUAUGAUGAGAGACACUUUAGAAGACUUCACAUUCCGUGACUUAUCUGUCAAAAAAGGAACACAGAUUUUGAUGUUGCCAUUCUAUCUACAUCGACGAGCUGAUCUAUAUCCAGAACCGGAAAAGUUCAUUCCAGAACGUUUCACUGCUGAAAAUAUGAGUAAACGCCAUCCUUUCGCGUAUUUAGCAUUCAGUGCCGGGUAUAGAAACUGUAUCGGUCAAAAAUUCGCUAUGAUUGAGUUAAAAUCGACACUUUCGAAAGUAUUGCGAUCGUUUAAUAUUUGCAGUGCUGUACCUGAACAUAAUCUUGUUAUUAAAUCUGAAAUUAUAUUAGCUGCUGGUAAUGGGUACAAAAUUCAAUUAAAAAAUAGAACUUGGUAGGAUUAGCGGUACAAACGUACUUAGACUUACAUACAUCUGAUACUUUGAUACCAAAUACUUCAAAAAUUAAUUAAUUAAUUAAUUCUUUAUUGACAAUAAAAUAAAAAUAUGUGUUUUAUAAUUUUUCAAAUACACUUUAUAUUCACAUCAA